GUUGUGGCCUGACUGGGCUCAGCUGAGAGAUCACAGAGAACAGCCCGGUCCUGUAGGUGUAGCCCGUUUACUUAUUCACGCGCUGUUCACCUCGGGCAACUUGUGUGCGCGAGCUGCCCUCCUUAAACUCCAGAUGACGUGACGUACCGGAAUCCGGGACUGAAAAUAAACAUUACAAGCUCGUCCGGUGCCUCGAUACGGGAUUUAAUCAGCACUUAUGCAGCAUUUCCACGUGGAGCGACUCUGUUGAAUCUUAUUCGGACGCUCGCGCUGUAACUCGACCUCUCGACAUGUUCACGCGCGGCUCUAAAAAGCGCCGCUCGAAUCGUUCGCAGGAGGAAGAUCCUGACCGAGGGCAGCCCUGCAUGCGAUGUGGAGAACAGUGUCCGGGUUUGCGCAUGCACGGCUGGAGGAAAAUCUGUGUGCACUGUAAGUGUGUGCGUGAAGAGCAUGCUGUGCGCUCCGUGCCCGGACAGCUGGAGAAGAUGAUGAUGAAGCUGGUGUCCGACUUCCAGAGGCACUCCAUCUCAGACGACGACUCGGGAUGCGCCUCGGAGGAAUACGCCUGGGUGCCGCCUGGUCUCAAGCCUGAACAGGUAUAUCAGUACUUCAGCUGUAUUCCUGAAGACAAGGUACCAUAUGUCAACAGCCCAGGAGAACGAUAUCGCAUUAAACAGCUCCUCCAUCAGCUCCCUGCUCAUGACAGUGAGCCACAGUACUGCAACUCUCUGGAUGAGGAGGAGAAAAAGGAGCUGCGGUUGUUCAGCCAGCAGAGGAAGAGAGAGAACCUAGGCCGCGGCAUUGUGCGUCUCUUUCCUGUCACCAUGACCGGAGCCAUCUGCCAACAGUGUGGAAGGCAGAUUUAUGGAGGUGAUAUAGCCGUGUUUGCCUCUCGUGCGGGACACGGCUCUUGCUGGCACCCUCAGUGUUUCCAGUGUGCCACCUGCAGCGAGCUGCUCGUCGACCUCAUCUACUUCUACCAGGACAGCCAUAUCUACUGCGGGCGUCACCAUGCCGAGCACAUCAAACCGCGCUGUCAGGCCUGUGAUGAGAUCAUUCUGGCAGACGAGUGCACGGAGGCGGAGGGACGCCACUGGCACAUGAGGCACUUUUGCUGCUUCGAGUGCGAGACGGCGCUGGGAGGUCAGCGCUACAUCAUGCGAGAGAGCCGGCCGUACUGCUGUACCUGCUACGAGUCUCUGUACGCCGAGUACUGCGACACCUGCGGAGAGCACAUCGGUAUAGAUCAGGGGCAGAUGACUUAUGAGGGGCAGCACUGGCAUGCAUCCGAAGCGUGUUUUUGCUGUGCACGCUGUCAACUGCCCCUCCUGGGCAAACCCUUCCUCCCACGCAGGGGGCUCAUCUUCUGUUCCCGACCCUGCUCUCUGGGAGAAGACCCUAAUAACUCUGAUUCCUGUGACUCGGCCCUGCAGUUCAAAGCGACCUCACACAAACUCGUACAUCAACAGCAGCAAGAACGCAAUUUGCCUCUGUGGCCAUCAGAGGGCAGCAGUCUCACCACUGCAACUGCUAAACUGUCCACCGCAACCACGUCAUCUUCCUUAUCAGAAAGCAGAGGCGUUCACACUCCAAUUUUUCCUUUACAAAAUGGCCGCCCACCACCGCCACCUUAUGGACAAGUUCACCCUCAAAGCUCACAUUCUCCUUCCUUGGCCAAUGGGUGGGGACCGAUGUUAAACUCGGAGCGCUUAAACACGGAUGAACACCCAGGGCUGGAGUACACGGUGGAGCUGAAUGGAUACGCUGAAUUUGGGCCGUUUCCACCCAGCUGCACCUCCAGAGGAACCUCGACUGCAAAGGACACUGGGAGACUGGAGAGCAGCUCAGAAAUUAUUCCUCAGCCCCAAGCUUCACCUGAAGUUGACUCACUAGAAGACACAGACUUUUUCCCACCACCUCCACCCCCUGUUUUUAUCGGCCCAGAUAAUUUACCGAUCCUGCCCUCGCCUGAUGAGUCACACCCUUCACCCCCUCCAGCCCAAUUUGGGCGAAGCAGCACAGCCAGGGUCAGCUUCAGAGAGCCAAUCAGCUCCAGUUACUCAGUGGAGGAAGAAGAGGACGGGGACGUAGGGGAAGUGGGGGUUGAAAUGGAAAGGAAAGAGGAAAAUGAGCUAGAGCAGGAAGAAGAGGAGGAUGAAGCAGAUGGGGACUUGGGACGCAGACUACAUCUUCGAGCUGGAAUGCCACCUCAGAUGGACCUUUUGGACGGCGCGUACCGACGCAGCUUCCGGCAGGGGUGUGAAAGCCCACCUAGACGAAGCCGCCUGGUCUCGGACUCCCCCCUCCACCUAGGCACGGAGAAACACUUCCGCCGGCCUAGACGGGACCGACCUCGUCUAGAUUCUCUGGAGUGGCGAGGAGGAGAGAGAGCGCAUGCUGCACGCCCACACUCCAUCACCUCUGCUGGAGAUGGAAAUUCCCGUCUGACGCUUCACUCUACCCGCUACAGACACGAAGACUCCUGCUCUACCUGCUCAUCCUCCUCCGACUCUGAAGAAGAUGGCUACUUCCUCGGCCAGCGUAUUCCUCUACCUCCUCAGCUGACGGGGGAAAAAGAGAGGGAAGGAGAAAGAGGAGAGACUGAGGGGAAAAGCAAGAGAGGGAGUCUGAGGAGAAGGAGGAGGACACAUAGUCUCAGUGCGAAAGACAAGGACAAAAACUGCAUAUUGUCUUGAGAGAAAGAACGACGGAGGAAUUUUGAGAUUGUGCCGAUUCAUGCUUUUGUCCAGGAAAUGAACUGAUGUUUCAGGCAUUCGCGUCUGAUAUUUGGUCAAAGUUUAAAGUAAAUUUUCCUGAUUUUCCUGCUCCAACACGCCUGCUUAAUAACCCAAAGCUCACCACGACGGCGAUUUAAUUAGUUAUUUAAAUCAAAUGCAUUUAUAGCAUGGAAACUAACACAUGCAAAAUAAAACAUUUAACAGU